AUGACGGGGUCGAGUUGCGGGUCGAGGGUGAUAUCUGUGCAAAGAUUCGGAUUCUUGGGUUCACUUCACCUGGUGUGCAGUUUUCAUGGACACAAAUUCGAGCAUGCUUUGAGACACGGACCAACAAAUGGUCUGUUAUUGGUUACAAUUGGCUGGUUUUUUGAUAGCGUCAGAAGGAAAGUAAGGUUGAGUGAAUCCCUUUAUAGCAUUAGCGUCGGAAAAGUGGAUGAUCCAGACGUAUCUGCCGAGCUACACAAUAAGGAUGUUGAGGCUGUCACUACACAAGGUGCUACUUUGGUGGAUCAAUGGUUUGUUGGCUGUAGUGCUAAUUAUGUAGUAUGUGAAGAAUUGUGA